AUGACGAUUUCAAUUACUGUUGCCAAUGUGACCGAUAUCCUUAAACCGGAACACAGAAAGUAUGAAAAAGCGUUAAAUGAUGCAGAAGAUGUGAUGAAUGCAACGUUAAAUAUUAUAAAUACGCCUGAAUUUGAAACAAUGGAAGGUUGGAAGUUGAAAGGUGAAAAUAAAGUGGAUAAAAUAUACACAAAAAGAUUUGCAAUAGGCAAAAUUUUUACACUUAGGACCAUUUUGGAGAUGCCACGUGAUGAGCUUUUCUUUGAGCAUUGGAAUAAUUUUGAAGAAGUAGCCUACAGGAAUAAAAAUACGUCAUUGGCUGAAAAAAUUGCUGUGCUUACACCACACGUUGAAAUUAUUCACUUUGCAAUGAAGGAUUCCGGAUUGGUGAAGGGUCGAGAUUUUGUGACAACACGCAUUUAUCGUUACAUUGAUGAUAGUAUCAUCGAAGCAACGCGAAGUUAUAAUACUGAUGAAGUAAAACGACAUAAGAAAAAGACUAGAGGUAAUUUAUUGCUUGGUAGUGGUCGUUUUCGAAUUCAUCCGAACGAUUCUCAAAAAACUAUCGUUGAUUACAUUAUCUGCUUGGAUUUUAAUGGUCCAGAUCUAACGAAACCGGUGGUGGAAUCAGUGUUAUCGAAAUUGAUUCUUCAGGAUGCUGAAUAUGCACGUGAAGCAAUUGAGAAAUUAAAGGUCAAAUAA